AUGACCACCGGUAAUCAUUGUCCUGGACAUGCUUCUUGUAUCCUUUCACCAAUUACAAAGCAAUUUAUUUGUUGUAAUCCAGUUGUUAAUGAGGAAGGGGAGGAGGAUAAAUUAAAUGACAAUGAUUAUGUAGAUUAUUAUGAUAAAAAGGAAAAUGGAUUGGAGGAAGAAAAUAAAGGUGAAAUCGCAACAGGGAAACAAAAUAAGAGGAGUAAUAAUAGAAAUAAUAUCCCUUUAAUUGCUUGUUUUGAUAUUGACGAUGUUAUGGAUUUAAAUGAAGAUGGCAAUCCUAGGUAA